UUAUUCUGUAAUUCCUCCUAAAACGUGGCACCGGAAAUUUCACAAGUGACGUCACGUGAGCAAGAUUCAGCCUUUUCCAUUCGGGUUCCCCGAAAAGACGACUUGUCAGAAAGCGGGGUUGUCUAAUCGAAACUCGAUCCAAGAUGGUGAACUUCACUAUAGACCAGAUCCGUGACAUCAUGGACAAAAAGAAAAAUAUCCGUAACAUGUCUGUGAUUGCUCACGUUGAUCAUGGCAAGUCUACGCUGACAGACUCUCUGGUCAGCAAAGCUGGUAUCAUUGCCAGUUCCAGGGCUGGUGAGACCAGGUUCACCGAUACCAGGAAGGACGAACAAGAAAGAUGCAUCACCAUCAAGUCCACUGCCAUCUCCCUGUACUACGAGGUUGCCGACAAGGACACAUGCUAUAUUAAGAGGCCUGAAAAGCAGUGGGAGAGGGACAGCAAUGCUUUCUUGAUAAACUUGAUCGACUCCCCUGGCCAUGUGGAUUUUUCCUCUGAGGUCACAGCUGCUCUCCGAGUAACAGACGGUGCUCUAGUGGUUGUAGACUGUGUUUCAGGUGUGUGUGUGCAGACUGAGACUGUUCUGCGUCAGGCCAUCACUGAACUUAUCCGGCCUGUUCUCAUGAUGAACAAGAUGGAUCUGGCCCUGCUGACACUCCAGCUGGAGACUGAGGAUAUGUACCAGACCUUCCAGAAGAUCAUUGAGGACAUCAACGUCAUCAUUGCCACCUAUGCUGGAGAUGAAGACCCAACUGACCCUGACAACUUCAACAAUGAUCUUCAGGUCAGUCCCAACAAGGGAACAGUAGGAUUUGGAGCAGGUCUUCAUGGAUGGGCUUUCACCCUGAAGGACUUUGCCCGUAUGUAUGUGAGCAUGUUCAAGAUCGAAGAGAAGCUGAUCAUGAAGAGACUCUGGGGUGACCAGUUCUACAGCAAGAAGGAAAAGAAGUGGUACAAGAAGACAGAUCAAAGUGUACCCGUUGAUGCCAAGAGAGGCUUCACCCAGUACAUCUUGGAUCCAAUCUACAAGGUGUUCAAAACAUGCAUGAACGAACCAAAGCAGAAGGCUUUGGAACUUGUUGACAAGCUAAAGGUGCCAUUGACUUCUGAAGAGAGAGACAUGGAAGGAAAACCCCUCCUGAAGACCUUCAUGAGGAAGUGGCUCCCUGCUGGUGACGCCAUGUUGCAGAUGAUUGUGUUCAACCUGCCCUCUCCAGUGACUGCCCAGUUCUACAGAAUGGAGCUGCUGUAUGAAGGCCCCCUUGAUGAUGAAGCUGCUACAGGUAUCAAGAAGUGUGACCCAAAAGGCCACUUGAUGAUGUAUGUGUCUAAGAUGGUGCCCACCUCUGACAAGGGUCGUUUCUAUGCCUUUGGACGUGUCUUCUCUGGCACCGUCGGCACUGGUCAGAAGGUGCGCAUCAUGGGACCCAACUAUGUCCCAGGCAGCAAGGCUGAUCUGUACUGCAAGAACAUUCAGAGGACCAUCCUGAUGAUGGGGAGAUACACCGAGGCUAUCGAGGAUGUACCCAGUGGCAACAUCUGUGGUCUGGUUGGAGUUGACCAGUACCUGGUCAAGACAGGAACAAUCACUACCUACGAAAAUGCCCACAACUUGAAGGUGAUGAAGUUCUCCGUGAGUCCUGUCGUGAGAGUAGCUGUUGAGUGCAAGAACCCUGGUGAUCUGCCUAAACUGGUAGAAGGUCUCAAACGUCUAGCCAAGUCAGACCCUAUGGUGCAGUGUCAGAUUGAGGAGUCUGGGGAGCACAUCAUUGCUGGAGCCGGAGAGCUGCAUCUUGAGAUCUGCUUGAAGGAUCUGGAGGAGGAUCAUGCCUGUAUCCCUAUCAAGAAGAGUGACCCAGUUGUGUCCUACAGGGAAACCGUAACUGAGGAGUCCAAUAUCACUUGCUUGUCCAAGUCGCCCAACAAGCACAAUCGACUUCACUGUAGAGCUGCACCUAUGCCUGAUGGUCUACCAAAGGCUAUUGAUGAUGGUACAGUUUCACCAAAACAAGACUUCAAAGAGAGGGCACGUUUGCUUGCAGACAAGUAUGAAUUUGAUGUGACUGAAGCCAGAAAAAUCUGGAGUUUUGGACCUGAGGGAACUGGCCCAAACAUGCUUGUGGACUGCACCAAAGCUGUUCAAUACUUGAAUGAAAUCAAGGACAGUGUUGUGGCAGGAUUUCAGUGGGCCACCAAGGAUGGAGUUUUGUGUGAUGAGAAUAUGAGAGCUGUACGUAUGAACAUCCAAGAUGUGACUCUCCACGCCGAUGCCAUCCAUAGAGGAGGUGGUCAGAUCAUCCCUACAGCCAGGAGAGUGUUCUAUGCCUCUGCACUGACAGCUGAACCCAGGCUUCUUGAACCGGUCUACCUUGUAGAGAUCCAGUGUCCCCGUAUUGCGGCCUCUGGAAUCUUUGGUGUGUUGAACAAACGACGUGGUCAUGUGUUCGAGGACAACGACGUUACUGGCACCAGCAUGAGCCAACAGAAGGCUUACCUUCCAGUAAACGAGUCAUUUGGUUUCACAUCAGCCCUUCGUGCAGGAACAGGUGGUCAGGCUUUCCCCCAGUGUGUGUUUGAUCACUGGCAGGUUAUGCCCGGAGAUCCCUUAGAUGGCACUUCUAAACCAGGCAUCAUUGUUACUGAUACAAGGAAACGCAAGGGUCUCAGCGAGACAAUACCACCACUUGACAAAUACCUGGACAAGAUGUAAAUUAUCGUUAAUCUUUGCUUCAACAAACUUUCACAUGUAUUUACCUGUAAUUUAAAUUCUGAUCAGUGGUACUGGGACAUGAAGCAACUUGAUUGCCAACAAAGUUGAAAAAAAAGUGCUAAAUAUGUGGACGAUCACAAACUCUGGACUGAGGACUUUAACAAAGGUGGCCAAAUAAAACAAAUCCGCUUUCUGAUGUCAUCUGACUGUUAACACUUGCAAAAUGUUUGCAAUCUAGAAAGUGAUGCUUGCUCACCAUCACAUUUUAAGAGAAAAAUGACAAACCUGGAAUAAAUUGUGCUACACUA